CACUGCCUAGUUGUCUCUUCAUCUUCCUUAGAUUCACCUCCAUUUUCUUUGUCUUCUUCUCCCCCAAAACCCUCUUUGUGUAGACAGGAAUCUUUUAGCAUACAGACAGCACAGAUAGAUCUUUCAUUGCUGUCCAUUUGACCAAUUUUUUUUUAUCUCUACUCUCAUAUUACACUAUAUAUAAUUAGGACUCUCAAAAUAUCAAGCUGAACAUGCAGAUUUUUCAAUGGCUCUUGAAGGUAACACCUCAACAACCAAGAGACAUUAUUUCAUCUUCUACGAAUAGGAGGAGUCCUACUUAUAAUGGGAAAGAUGCUAAAUCAAAAGAUAUAAUCUUAUAUAAGCAUCGAAGAAGAUCGAAGAGAAUUGAGUACUGCUGCAAGCCAUUUGCAUUUUUAUAUAGAAAAGAUGUUGCAAAGUCUUGUUUCUAUAGCACUCUGAAUUUAAGAAGAGUUGGAAGAGAAAAUAGAAGGCCGCAUUGGAUCCAUUCUAUGAAGACAAAGAAAGAAGAUAUUGUUCAAGGAUUAGGUAGCAGUAGUCACAAAACAGAUUCAACAACUCAUGCUGCAGCUGGUAAUAAAGUUUUACCUAUAACUGACUCCACAUUAUCAUCCUCCACCAAUACAAACCAGCAACAAAGCACACAAGAAAAAAAAGAAAACAAGCUUGAUAAAACCAGAACAAUUUCAAGAAUGAAGGAGCUGCUUAGAUGGGCUGCUGCUACAAAAUCAGAGAAGGGAGGCAAAUUUAUUGGCAGAAAGGUUCUUCAGUUUCGCAAUCGAUCAGCCUUGAAAGCAGUACCAGAUGAUGAGCAGCUAAACAUUGAAUCUCCUAAGAUAAGUUUCAGAUGGGAGGUGGAAAGUUGCUCCACCACUUCAUCUGUCUACUCUGGAAUUUCAAUGGCUUCUUCAUCGAAGAAUUAUGAUCACCAAACCAAUACAGUAUCUUUGAAUUCAACUCCUAUUCAUGACAUAAAUCAUUUCACUCCAAGAAAAGGAAAUUGGAUCACCACAGACUCUGAAUUUGUGGUGCUAGAGCUAUAAAAGAAAGACCUAAAGAAGCUGAAGAAGAUAUGAUUGAUCUUGCAUGGAAUUGAGUCAAAUUCAAGUACUAUGGGCAAUUGUUAUAACGAGUAUUGGUAGAUGGGUUUGGUUCUAUUUCUAGUUAUGUGGAGAUGCUAGAGAGAAUUUAAUUGUGUAAACAUCAAUGGAAGGAUCUGAAAUGUAACGAGUAUUGGUACAUUGCAUGCAUGCUUUACCUAAUUAACUGAUUAUAUCUUCCAUUAGCAUUAACAAGAAAAGCGGAAUGUCUG